AUGGAGACUCUUCACUUCAGUUGGGCCAAGAUUUUGGGGUGCAAGUUUCAUUCUAUUAUCAUCGAGUUUAGUAUUGAGGAAUUUAUCAACUCAAGGAUGGGGUUCUUUAUUUGGGUCAGGUCUGCUAGCACCUAUCAUCCAAGUGCGAAGAAGUGGUGA